GACAGUUGGAAUAAAACGUAUCAAUCACUUUUUUGGCUUUUUUUGAUGUGAAACAUCUUUUGUUUUUCAUUUACCCUUUUGAUUUUAUUCAUAAUUUUAAUUUACUGUUGUACUCUUUGCUGUCCAAAAUAUAACUAAAAACAUGUACAAUUUGCAAGAUAGCGUCGUCUUGUUGUUGUGUACAACCUUUGCAGAAUACGUAUAUGCAUAAGCAUACACAGACGCGGGAUACACAUUAUUAGAGAAUAGAAAAUAACAGGCAGUGUUCAUCUUUACUUGAUUAGUUGUAUAUAAGUAACUGAAUCCCACAAUUGUUGCAUCCAAGAGUACAAUGUGAGCAUACGUUCAUCGACACAAUGUACACAAUCAGUAUUCAUGUGAAGCAACUUGACAUAUGACCUCCAAGUUAAGUGGCAGGGGCAUCGUUGCAAACCAUACUUUCAAAUGUCGUUACACGAUACUGCAAUGAGUGGUGCCUUAUCGAUGUACGAUACCCUCAAUAAGGAAAGUACCGCCAAUGGUAGUGCUCUAGAGCCUACUGCCAAUGAAGGAGCUAUCAAAAAGUUAUCUAGAGGCAUAUCAAGGGCAACGGAGAAUGCUGAUAUUGUCAAGUAUGCCAGGAGACAACUGGAACUGGGUUCUAUUGACAUGCCAGAAUUCACAUUUUCGUUGCCUGACUUAUCCAUUUAUCCAGAUGACUUUCGUCAAUUUUUGGAAAAAGAACUUAUAGAAGUGGGAUGUUUGAAUUCACUGGAAAAUGCUGGAAGACUGAAUUGGUGGUGCGGAGGAGGAAAAAACAGGGUAUUAUGGCCACUGGCAACAACUGGUGACGGGAACUGUCUUCUUCAUGCUGCAUCUUUAGGAAUGUGGGGUUUUCAUGACAGGGAACUUUCCUUGAGAGAAACAUUGUACGAAACACUUUCAAAAGGAGAAUAUCGUCUCGCCCUCUUUAGGAGGUGGAGAUGGAGGCAAAUGGAUUUAAAUGCAGCAGCUGGUUUGUCAUACACAGAAGCAGAAUGGAUGUCUGAAAGGCAGAGCAUUGUUGACAUGGCAUCAACAUAUCCUAGGAAUCAUACUAGCACUUCUUACCAAAGCUUGGAAGAGAUACAUAUUCUCACGUUGGCGCACAUUUUACGGCGACCAAUAAUCGUUGUAGCGGAGACGAUGCUUCGUGACUCGGAAGGUGUUGCAAUGGCUCCGAUACCCUUUGGUGGCAUCUAUCUGCCCUUUGAGGUACCCCCUUCUAGCUGUCACAAGACGCCUCUACUGUUGGCAUAUCAUUCAGCGCACUUUUCGCCUCUCGUUACGGUAGACAGUAGCUCGGAUCCGAGUGAGGGUAGCAUCGAGGGUUACAGUAUACCACUCGUAGAUCCCGACACUGGCCAACUUUAUCCAGUACUAUUUGCCAUAGAUCCUGGUCCAGAUUGGGUUUGGACUGCCUCUCAGGAUCUAUUGCCCUGUGAAGCUACAACUAUGGAAGUUCUCAUAAAAAAAUACCUCCAGUGCGAGUAUCAGGUAUUCAUGCCAGAUGAGAUGGACAGGUUAUCGGAGUCAGAUGCUACGCGAAGUAAGACGGCAAAGCAGCUGAUGGGCGUAGCCAAACAAUUUGGAUCGAUUGGCAAAUCGGUCAGUAAAAAGUUCUGGUCAAUGGCCAAAAGACCAAAGAGCCACACGGCCUCCAAUUCGGGAGGUUACGGCGAUACGUUACUCUGCGUUAGAAUUAGAAGCAAAAGGCACAAAUUUGUCGAUCAAAUGCUACAAAACUACCUGGAAAGCGCUCACGAGAGGUACGCCCAAAAAAGUUUGCCGUCUACUCUCAGCUUCCUAUUUUUAUAA